CGCCAUGUCAUCUCUGCGUCUUUUUCCUUCGUCAGAUCUACUAAGUACUAGAUCUGUACUGUUUCAACCCCUGGCGAGAUGAGCUCGCCGACCAGACGUGUCUGGACAUGCGCUCGUUGCCUUCGGGCUCAAAAAGUGCGGGGAAUUCCUGCCCCUGCGAUCGUCCACGAUAGCACCUUCAUCCGCCGUUCAUUCCGCGUCCUCUCGCCACUUCAAGACGAGAAUCCAACACCUCCAAAAGCCGGGAAGACCGGAAAUGCUUCCAAUGACGAGGUUAAGGAGCAAGGGGCGAUGUCCCGACGUCUGGCGGACAUGGCGGAGGAGACAAUGGACACGGGCAGCAAAAGUGACCAGAAACUUAUGAAGGAGGUCUUCUCAGACGAAUUGAAGAAACAACUUGAGGAGAGGAUAGCCCAGACAUCUUUUCCCGGACAGAACCAGCGAGCUGCCAGUCAAGUCAAUAUGCCAGACGCCGCCGGCAAGGGCACACGCGACAUAGCUGGAGCAGAACCAUGGACAGGCUCCGAGUCUCUACAUGACGCAGCUUUAAGAAUGCUCGAUGACAGUCAUAAAAAACUCCGGUCGCCCUACAGACCUCCGGCGCUCCCCCACAAGAAUCUCCAUCCAGGCCCAAAGAAGAACGUGUCGGCCGCCAACCGAUUAGCGAAUGCAAGAGACAAAACAAGCAUAUACGCCAUCAGCCAGCAAAAUGAUAUGGAUGAGAAGGAGCGGGAGAAAUGGCGCAAAGAAUUAAAAGAACGAUUCAGCCCAGGUGCUCGACCAAUGCCCACAUCUCUCCAAGGCCUGACAAGUCUUGCAAACGAACGGAUCGAAGACGCCAUCGCUAGAGGACAAUUCAAAAACAUUUCUCGUGGUAAAGGUAUCAAUGUGGAGCGAGACUACAAUGCCAACAGCCCUUUUCUCGACACGACCGAGUAUUUCAUGAACAAGAUCAUCCAGAAACAAGAGAUCGUACCACCUUGGAUUGAGAAACAGCAAGAAUUGGUUAAAUUGGUGGCCACUUUUCGCAGUCGGUUACGGAACGACUGGCGAAGGCACGCGGCUCGCUGUAUCGCCAGCUCCGGAGGGACAGUGCAAGACCAGGUUCGCCGAGCACAAGGAUACGCAUUGGCCGAAGAACUGGUGAAUCCUCGAAUACAAAAAAGGGAAACGUUGAGUUCCAUAUCGAGUGACGGGGUGCUGACCACGGUGACGGUCGAAGAGAGGCUCGCAGCAGGCUUGCCCAUGGAGUCGCAGGAGUCGGAGCAGAAAUCACCAGACCAGGUCGAGAUCACCGUGACAGAGAAGUCUGCCACGGAGACCAGCAACGACAAAGAAGGUACGACCGAGAUAAACGCCACUCCUACCACCACAACAGAUCCCAGUACAAUCAUAGAACCCACAGACUCCACCAACUCACCCUUACACUCUCAUUCAUCCCCUCCCUCUCAAUCACCAGCAUCACCAGCAACACCCCGCGUCCUACCAAUGCCCCACCCCUUCCGUGACCCUCACUGGGAAAAGACCGAAUUAAAAUACCACACCCUUGCAAUCCAAGAGCUCAACAGUCUAACACGGAGCUACAACCUAAUGGCGCCCAAGAUCGCACAGAAACCCUACUACACAUUAGCGCGUGAACUGAAGCGCUGUUUUGCCGACAUUGCACCUUCAUUGCCAGACGAGAUACUCCAGCGCAGUCGCAAACCCGUGGUGAAGAUCGCUGUCAUGCCGCAUCAGGAAGGAGGGGUUUUGGAACGGUUUGGGUCCACGGUUGGUGCCAAGGAGUGGAAAGGACAUGAGGGCGUUAUUCGUGAAGAGGAUGGGACCAAGGGAUAUGGGUUUAAGGAGUUUUGGAGGGAUUUGUUUGGGAAUGCUAAGGCGGGGAAGAGGAGGGAGAAUUUAUCGUCAUGAUCAGUGAAUGGUGAAUGUAUAAUAUACGCGUGUGUGUCUAUGGUUCUUACGCUGGAUACUAAGGAGAUAUAAAGCAGGCUGAAUCCACUCAUAAAACUGCUGCCUUGUGGCUCAUCUUAAAAUUGAUCUAACUAGUAGUAAGGUAUGUU